UCCGGAAAUAAACAGUCUAGUUAUCCAUUAUCAAAUGAGAAUGUCAUAGUACGCAAAAAGUUUAAUUUAGAAUAAAAAGUCUGUAAUUUUGUAGAAUAUGGCAAAAAGGAAUAAAGUACUUAUGGUUUGUUUAGGAAAUAGUUGUCGGUCUCCAAUAGCUGAGGCAGUUUUUAAUGAACAAAUUAAAAAAAUGAAUUUACUUAAUUAUUGGGAAGCAAAUAGUGCAGCAAUUCUGAAAUAUCAUAUAGACAAUCCACCUGAACCAAGAGCUAUGUCAACACUUCAUAAACAUGGAAUUACUGAGUAUUCUCAUGUAGCAAGACUCCUUACAAAAGCUGAUUUUAAUGAAUAUGAUUGGAUUUUUGGAAUGGAUGGUUAUAUAAUGGAAUGUUUAUAUCAUUAUAGACCAAAAAAUAGUAAAGCAAUUGUUGAAAUUUUAGGAAAAUAUGAUCCCAAUGGAGAAAUGAAUAUAAAGGAUCCACUAUUUGAUGAUGAUAGUCAUGGAUUUGAAAAAGCAUAUGAACAGUCUUUAAGAAGUAUACAAUCAUUUUUAAUACAUCAUCAAAAUAAAGAAAAUUAAACAUAUUUUUAUUUAACUU